AUUUGUCAUCAGUUGGUUUCCAACCUCCGGCAGCGACGGUUCGUUUGCGAGCUUUGUAAAAAGUGAAUUUGGUCGAAAAAUGUUGUUCGAAAGUCUAAAAAAAGCACAAAAAAAUCAAAAACGAAGCGGAAAAGCGUCAACGAACCACUGUGUGCAUGAGUGUUAGUGUGCGAAAAGCAACAAAGAAAUUAAUUAUAUUUUUGUGACUCGUGGUUUCAGGGUACGCUUGUGGUUUCACGUUUGAGUGCUGUGACAUUUGGUGAUUGUAUAUUUGAAAACACAAUAUAUUUAUGUUUUUAUUCGGCUAACAGUGAACGGUGUUGAAGAGUGCUAAGAAAGGCAUUAGUACCGCUACACAUUUCUACAUGCCCGAAGACAGGAAAGCGUGCUAAGAGCGGCAAAGAAAUAGAUAUUUAAGUGAUUGUAUUUCCUGUGGAAAAGCAACAACAACAGCGAACAGCUCGCGAUUUAAAUAUAAAAACAAAAGCGUGGAAAAAGCAAAAAAAAAUCGAAAAGUAACUGUGCUAAGUGCUAAUGACUUCCCCUGCGGCAUUCUUGUGUAUCCUGCUUACUUUCGUGCUGUUCUAAUGGCGUUGUCACGCCACCAUUGUGUUUGAAAGGCGCAAAACAAUAGCAAGGUCGCGCUCAUACAAGCCCCCAUUCGCCAAUCCGUAGCCCGAGGAUCCUUAAGAUAAGUGGUUAACAGUUCCAAGCUUUUUAUGCUACAAAUAAUUUGAGUUGAGUACACCACUGCGAUGUCGAGAGAAAUUGCGGCGACAAACUUUGCAAAAUGCGGAAAAACUAUCAAGUAGCAAAAGGGAGCCAGUAAACCAAACCGACGCUGCACCGACGAGUGAGAGAUUUGCGCCGAGUUGAACCCCGCAGAGGCGUUGACUAGUGUCAUAUCUUGACAGCAAUCAAAACAACAAAAACAACGAAAGCAAAAGUGAAUAAAUGCAAGUGUAUGUACAAACAUUUUCACAGAGGGACGGAAGCAGUUUAGCAAAAAUACUGUAUUUCCGCUUGAAAUCCACUUGAAGCGCUCGUUCACAGUUGAGCAUGAAAAGUCGCCAAUGGAGUGCGCAGAACGCGAUUUUUUGGCGGAAAAAGAGCUGUGGCUGUGCGAACGCUACCACCUCGUCGAUGCGGGGCUCCAUGAGGAGUGCAUAAUAUUGGAAAUGAUUAAAAUGUUGCUUCGCCAGUUUCAGAUGUGAAAUAGCAGAGCUUAUGAAAGCAUAAAUGAGUACUUUAGAAAACAGUGGUAUUGUCCAGAAUAUUACAUUUGCCACUAAUAAUUAUUAAAAUCAGUUUCCCUUUGAGUGCUUUUUAUGGCGCUUUACUUUGGUUAGAAAAUCAGCAAAAAGUGGUGAGAACUUAAUACGCUUAAAAUAAGCACACGAUUAUGAAUACAAUAUAUUAACUAAGUGGAGAGCAAUUAAAAUUAUUAAAAAAAACGAUGUAAAGAGUAAACCAUUAAAAUGUUGUAUGCAAGUCAGUAAAAAACUAUAUGAAAAUUAACACUCUUUACAAUUUUAAAUAUUACAAAAUAACUGCAAAUUCUUGAAACAAAAAAUUGUAAAAGCACAUUAAUAACGUUGAAGUUUUUUGUUAGAUUUAGAAAAAUAAAUGAAAUUUUAAAUAAUUACGCUGCAAGUAAAUUUAAGAGAGUCAUCGGUUGAAAACUAUACUAUAGCUUUAGGCCAGUGUUUUGUGAUAUUUUCAAGCUUUACUUAUAUGCUAAAGAUUGAAGUUUAGUAAACAAAAUUACAAAAAUUCAAGGAAGCCUUAAAUUAUAUUUACAACAAACAAAAAGAACAUAAUUAAUAUUAAACAAAAUUUCUUUGAAAUUGGAAACGGAGCGAUAAAAGUGUGACUAUAAAGCCUGCGGCAGCUCAGAAACAUAUUUCCGAUAGCCAAAACCAAAGACAGUGUUGACAAACAACUAAAAGCAUAAAUUAAAAUAAAUUAUUUCAAAAGAGAGUUAAUAUUUUGUAAACACUAAAACUAACUCAACUAUAGAUUGGUUAAAAAAGACCACGGUGCUCGAGCUACAGCCCAACGACUAAAAGUACAUCGAUUUUUUAAUUCAUAAUUUUUUGGCAUAUUUUCCACAGCAUUUAUUUCACUUUUCUUUAAUUAACUACCUUCCUACUACGAGCGAGGCGUCGUUCUUGUCAGAUUUAUUUUUAAAUUAACUUACAUUUUGGUAUCCAGUGAGUUUGCGGCCCCGCUUCAUAUCGCAGACCGAUGACUGAACUCAAUGCGACGCACGGAUUCGACCCGAACAUUUUUCAUAAACUAAAGUCAUCACAACGCAUAAAGGAUCUGCUACGCCAAGAGCCUGCUUUGCUACCGCCCGCCGAUGUUGUUGUCGAUAGUUCGACGCACGAUUACGAUGCGGCGCCGAUCAAUUUGCAAGAUUUCAUACAGAGUGUGUCGGACAGCAACGUCUUCGUCGAGUAUAUUGCACCCACAGAUUCCACGACAUUCUCGCUCGGCAGCAGCGUUGCGAAUGAUGGCACACUCUUUCCCCAGUUGACAAAUAAUUUUACCUUCCACGAUUUCUACAGCAAUCAAUCCAAUGCCACAUUAUGCAAGGACGUCUAUCAUCCAGACGACGACACCCGCCUAGAGUUCUGGGUUUGUGGCGUUGUCUUGAAUAUUGUCGGCACAUUCGGUAUUAUUGGCAAUAUCAUCUCCAUGAUCAUAUUGUCUCGUCCUCAAAUGCGAUCCAGCAUAAACUAUUUACUCAUUGGCUUGGCGCGUUGUGAUACCACUUUGAUCAUCACAUCCAUGCUGCUCUUUGGCAUACCCUGUGUCUAUCCAUAUUCAGGAUAUUUCUUCUAUUAUUACAACUACGUUUAUCCGUUUAUAUCGCCAUCGAUUUUCCCAAUCGGUCUGACGGCGCAAACAGCUAGCAUAUACAUGACGUUCACUGUGACUUUGGAGCGUUAUGUGGCCGUAUGCCAUCCACUUAAGUCACGUGCACUCUGUACUUAUGGACGUGCUAAGAUCUACUUUAUUGUUUGUUGUACAUUAUCGCUGAUCUACAACCUACCACGCUUUUGGGAAGUUACGACGGUCAGCUAUCAGCCUGAGGGCAGUGAGAUAGUGUACCACUGCUUGCGUCCGUCGCCUUUAAGACAAAAUCAGACCUACAUCAAUAUCUACAUACAUUGGUGUUAUCUGAUUAUCAAUUACAUCAUACCAUUCCUCACAUUGGCCAUACUCAAUUGCCUAAUCUACCGCCAGGUGAAGCGUGCAAAUCGCGAACGCCAGCGGUUAUCGCGCUCCGAAAAGCGUGAGAUUGGCUUGGCUACCAUGUUGAUCUUCAUCGUGAUUGUAUUUUUCCUCUUAAAUUUUCUUGCGCUUGUCGUAAAUAUCGAUGAAGCAUUCUACAAUAAAAUCGAUCACUCACUAACGAAAAUCUCCAAUUUGCUGGUGACGAUCAACAGUAGUGCGAAUUUCUUAAUUUAUGUCAUUUUCGGCGAGAAGUUCAAACGUAUUUUCCUGUUGAUUUUUUUCAAACGCCGCCUCAGCCGCGACCAACCCGAUCUUAUUCACUACGAGAGUUCUAUAUCGAACAACGGUGACGGCACAAUAAAUCAUCGUUCAUCGGGCCGAUUUUCACGACACGGUACGCAGCGCAGUACAACAGGCACGUACCUGGUGACCGGAGGCGGCUCGAACAACAGUACUUUGAAGAAUGUGCGUUUGGUGCAGACAGGAUCGCCCGGUGUGGUGAAGAUCAAACGCAAUCGGGCACCUUCGCCGGGGCCGGUUGUGUACUACCCAGCACGCGACAUUCAACGCUCGACUGUUGUGAACCCAGUGGCGUUAGCGUCGAACAACAACACAGCACUAAGCUGUGAUUGGGUCGAUGGAAAGAACGGGCAGAUGACUUCGGGCAUCUGAAAGCAUACGACCUUCUUAGAUGCAGAUGCGGUUGGAGGCGGCGAGAGUGUGUUUGUAGCGAAAAUGUAUAGCUGUAAACUAGUUUUGUUUUUAUUUACGUAGAUGUAUCGGUCCUGGCGUAGUUGGGUCAGUUGUGUUUUAUUUUACUUACCAUCUCCUUCAAUUCUUCCUUGAGUUGACAAGAGAGCGGAGCGUAAAGAUAGCCAGCAGAGAGAAAUUACUAAUCGCAGUAGAAGCCGAGCUUCUUCUUGUGAGCACACCUAUAGGAACGGUGUAUUAUAUUUCUUUAAACUCAGACAUUCAUUUCCAAUUUAUUUGAUUUAUUGAUUUAUUUUUACUUCGUAUUUUUUCUUUUGUUUAAUAAUAUGCACUAAAUAUUUUCGAACAAUUAUUCCACACUAACCAGAACUAUGUAAUAUAUAAAGAGAAAUAGUGCAGUUUUAUAUAACGCAGUUUCCAUAUAUAUGUCUACAAAACAACAUUUUUACAACAAAUACGUGUUAACUUAAUAGAUGUAAAAUGCUAAACUCUUAGCUGCAACUUUUACUGUUACUGAACUGACGAAUUUAUCCGACUUAUCCGUGUACUAUUCGCGCCUGCCGAGCCCCAACAUGUCUAUGUGUAUGUAAUUGCAAAGCGCUGUUGCGUAAUGCGUACUCGUAUCCACAAUCUAUUUACAGUUAAACAGUUUCAUGCAUUAUGCGCACUUUCGCUCCCGUUACAUUUCUAUUUAUGUAUGUAUGUAUUUAACUGUAUCUAUGUAAAGAAAUAAAGUUUGUAAAAUAUUAGACCUUAAUCUUAGUGCUAAUACUUAGUAUAAAUUCUCUAGUUAAUUAUUUGAAUAGUUCAAUCUCCAAAUAGGAAUUAUUUUUCCGAGUAAACACCUAUAAAUGUACAUAUGUAUGCACAUAUAUGUAUAUAAAGUAUAAUAUGUAUAAUGUAAUAAAGAGCAAAUUCCUGCUAUAAGUAAACGAGCAUCAAAAUGCUCAUGUAACUAUUUGAAUUUUAUUCAAGCGAUAUAUAAAUGUGUAUCUAUUGUUAUGCUGAAAAUAUAAAUAUUAAAUAACAAAAAUAUUACAAAAAUCAAAAACAAUAACGGAUUGGAUAACUAAGCAGGUUCUAUAAAAGAGAAGGUCACACCACUCCCAAGCCAAAGAAAUUUUUCUACACCAUUGACGUAGUGGCGAUGUCUGAUUUCUCCAUUCUGUAGAACAAAUGCAAAAGCGUUCAGCAGUAGUUGCCACUUCUCGAGUUUUUGUAGUAAGUAAAAAUUUUCGAAUAUAAGGAAACUAAAAUUAAAAUAUUUUAAAUAAUAUUUUUUCAACUAAAUAUAUAAGUAAAUACAUCAUCACCAUUCGCUAAAGGAACUUUUUAGGUUUUUAUUCAUUUUGUUUUCUUAAGUCUGGCAACAAUCCGAUUGGUGUGACCUUAUAUUCUAUGAACCUUGCUAACUGCGAAAUGUAUGAAAUAAAACAAUAAAACAGUUUUAAAGAAAUGAA